AUGCGCGUUCGCAAAUCGGUCACAGAAGGAUAUAAAACUCAUGCUGCCAAAGCUGAAGAGAAAUUUAUCUUUCCUUCGCAGGAAACCAAACCCGUCCGACACAGCUCGAGCGCUUGGGCAGAACUUGCUCCAUUCUGCGGCAUAUCGAAGACGGGCGGUUCUGCGAUCCAACCACACCAUAUGCCAUCCGAUGGUAUGAUGGACUCCAAUAAACUCGCCACAGACGAUGGUGAUACUUUCUCUCUCCCACCCAGCAGUCAGGAAUCUGCUACUUCGUUUUCCACGCUGCCCACUGUCCAGAAACGGUCCUAUGAUUCCGACUAUGCAGAUGAAUCGGACGGCGGUUGCGAUGGCUUCCUUACUCCAUCGACAAAUAAUUGGCUCAGUGUCAUGGGAGGAACCCAUACAGCAGGAGUGGGCUCGGUUGUUGGGCGAACUAUUCUUUCCCCGAAGCUGGGACAGGAACGACGGCAGUUCGUUGCCAUGCACAGACACAAGACCAUGGACAUUGAUGAUUUCGAGGAGCCAUUGUUCCUUCGACGGCGCGAGGAAGUCGAUAUGGACUAUGUUGCGAGUCGAGAAAGCGACUAUGAAACCGAAAUGGUGGUGUCUAAAUCUUUUUACUCUGAAUGA